UCCUCUUCCUAUCUGUGCAGUGACGUGGCACGGCCGCCAUCUUGUGGAUCCUCCGCAGAUUCAGCGGCUCGUCUCGGUCUCAGUGUCCGCCUCCAGAGCCUCUCCCCCCGGCCUCUGCUGCUGCUGCACCCGGCCCCACGAACCGGCCCCGCUCAGCUCGAUGGCGACGUUCUCCGAGUACAUCUCUCAGAACGAGGAGCGCGACGGCGUCCGUUUCAGUUGGAACGUGUGGCCGUCGUCUCGCCUGGAGGCCACCCGCAUGGUGGUCCCCAUCGCGGCGCUCUUCACCCCCCUGAAGGAACGACCCGACCUCCCCCCCAUCCAGUACGAACCCGUCCUCUGCAGCAGAGCCACCUGCCGCGCCGUCCUCAACCCGCUCUGUCAGGUGGAUUACAGAGCCAAACUCUGGGCCUGCAACUUCUGCUACCAGAGGAACCAGUUUCCUCCUUCCUACGCUGGGAUUUCUGAGGUGAACCAACCUGCUGAGCUCCUCCCACAGUUUUCCACCAUCGAAUAUGUCGUCCAGCGCGGCCCCCCCAUGCCCCUGCUCUUCCUGUACGUGGUGGACACCUGCAUCGAGGACGAGGACCUGCAGGCGCUGAAGGAGUCUCUGCAGAUGUCUCUGUCUCUGCUGCCCCCUGCUGCUCUGGUGGGUCUCAUCACCUUCGGCCGCAUGGUCCAGGUCCACGAGCUCGGCUGUGAGGGCAUCUCCAAGAGCUACGUGUUCAGAGGGACCAAGGACCUGAGCGCCAAGCAGCUUCAGGAGAUGUUGGGUUUGACCAAACCUGCAGCGGCUCAAGGACGAGCUCCUCAGACUCCACAACCUCUGAGCAACAGGUUCCUUCAGCCGGUGCAGAAGAUCGACAUGAACCUGACAGAUUUGUUGGGGGAGCUGCAGCGGGACCCUUGGCCUGUGACUCAGGGGAAGAGGCCCCUGAGGAGUCUGGGAGUGGCCCUGUCCAUCGCCGUGGGACUGUUGGAGUGCACGUUCCCGAACACGGGGGCCCGGAUCAUGACGUUCAUGGGGGGCCCGGCGACUCAGGGGCCCGGGAUGGUGGUGGGAGACGAACUGAAGACGCCCAUCAGGUCCUGGCACGACAUCGAGAAGGACGGCGCCAAGUUCCUCAAGAAGGCCACCAAGCAUUACGAGGCGUUGGCGAGUCGUGCGGCGGCGAACGGUCACAUCAUCGACAUUUACGCCUGCGCCCUCGACCAGACCGGACUCCUGGAGAUGAAGUGCUGCCCCAACCACACCGGAGGUUAUAUGGUGAUGGCCGACUCGUUCAACACGUCUCUGUUCAAACAAACGUUCCAGAGAGUUUUCACCAAAGACGUUCAGGGAUCAUUCAAGAUGGCGUUCGGCGCCACACUGGAGGUCAAGACGUCUCGAGAGGUGAAAGUUUCUGGCGCCAUCGGCCCCUGUGUGUCCCUCAACGCCAAAGGACCCUGCGUCUCCGAGAACGAGAUCGGGACUGGAGGAACGUCUCAGUGGAAAGUGUGCGGCCUCGACCCCAGCACCACCCUCGCCCUCUACUUCGAAGUCGUCAACCAGCACAGCGCUCCGAUUCCUCAGGGAGGUCGAGGAGCCGUUCAGUUUGUGACUCAAUAUCAAGGACUCGAGCUACUAGAGGAAUACAGAGUCAGAGUCACUGCCAGGAAAUACUUGUAGUAGUACUUGUGUACAGACGCUCAGAGUCAGAUCCAGAGCAUCGCGGCGUCGUUUGACCAGGAGGCGGCGGCCAUCUUGAUGGCUCGGUUGGCGGUUUAUCGAGCCGAGACGGAGGAAGGACCCGACGUCCUGAGAUGGUUGGACCGACAACUCAUCCGCCUGUGUCAGAAGUUUGGAGAUUAUCAUAAGGACGACCCAAACUCCUUCAGAUUCUCUGAGACCUUCUCCCUGUAUCCUCAGUUCAUGUUCCACCUGCGCAGGUCUCCGUUCCUUCAGGUGUUUAACAACAGUCCAGACGAGAGCAGCUUCUACAGACACCACUUCAACCGCCAAGACCUGACCCAGGCCCUCAUCAUGGUCCAGCCCGUCCUCUACGCCUACUCCUUCAACGGGCCCCCGGAGCCAGUUCUGUUGGACUCCAGUUCGAUUCUUCCGGACAGAAUCCUCCUCAUGGACACGUUCUUCCAGAUCCUCAUCUACCACGGAGAGACUGUGGCUCAGUGGAGAAAAGCCAAAUAUCAUGAAAUGCCCGAGUACGAGAACUUCAAGCACCUGCUGCAGGCUCCUGUGGACGACGCCCAAGAACUUCUGCACACGCGCUUCCCCACGCCGCGCUACAUCGACACGGAACACGGAGGCUCCCAGGCUCGGUUCCUUCUGUCCAAAGUGAACCCCUCCCAGACCCACAACAACAUGUACACCUGGGGUCAGGAGUCCGGGGCCCCGAUCCUCACGGACGACGUCAGUCUGCAGGUCUUUAUGGAUCACCUCAAGAAACUCGCCGUGUCCAGCGCCGCCUGAACCCCCCCCACGGGAAAACCCCCCAUCAGCCCCCCCCCAGAGCCUGUGUCGGCGCCG